GCGGACGCCGCCACCUGAUCCCAUCCAGGCGCGGAGAGGAGAGCGACGGGCACUCCGUGCGCAGGGCCCCGGCGCCCUCGGACCCGCAGCGGACUUCAGGAGAAGGGUUGGGAGGUAGCGGCGACCACUCACCACCCGAGUCUGAGGCAGAGUCCGUGCGUGCGCUGCCUCUCAGGAACACUGGCCCUGCUACCAGAGCCUCAGGAGCCCCCAUGAGUGCUGGCGAAGGGUGUCCUGGAUAGCAAGACCCUGGCUAGUCCAGGGGUGGCUACUCCAUCAUGCCACCCAUCCUCCAGCGCCUACAGCAGGCCACCAAGAUGAUGAGCCGCAGGAAAAUCCUGCUGCUGGUGCUAGGGUGUAGCACCUUGAGCCUCCUCAUCCACCAGGGUGCACAACUCAGCUGGUACCCCAAGCUGUUCCCUCUGAGCUGCCCGCCUCUGCGGGACUCGCCACCGCGCCCCAAGCACAUGACCGUGGCCUUCCUGAAGACGCAUAAGACUGCGGGCACCACGGUGCAGAACAUCCUGUUCCGCUUCGCCGAGCGCCACAACCUGACGGUGGCCCUGCCGCACCCGAGCUGCGAGCACCAGUUCUGCUAUCCCCGCAACUUCUCGGUGCACUUCGUGCACCCGGCCACGCGCCCGCCGCACGUGCUGGCCAGCCACCUGCGCUUCGACCGCUCGGAGCUGGAGCGCCUCAUGCCGCCGGGCACCGUCUACAUCACCAUCCUGCGUGAGCCGGCCGCCAUGUUCGAGUCCCUCUUCAGCUACUACAACCAGUACUGCCCUGCUUUCCGGCGCGUGCCCAACGCGUCGCUCGAGGCCUUCCUGCGCGCGCCCGAGGCCUACUACCGCGCGGGCGAGCACUUCGCCAUGUUCGCGCACAACACGCUGGCCUACGACCUGGGCGGCGACCACGAGCGCAGCCCGCGCGAGGACGCCGCCUACCUGGCGGGCCUCAUCCGCCAGGUGGAGGAGGUCUUCUCGCUGGUCAUGAUCGCCGAGUACUUCGACGAGUCGCUCGUGCUGCUGCGGCGCCUGCUGGCCUGGGACCUGGAGGACGUGCUCUACGCCAAGCUCAACGCCCGCGCCGCCAGCUCGCGCCUGGCCGCCAUCCCCGGGACGCUGGCGCGGGCCGCGCGCGCCUGGAACGCGCUCGACGCCGGCCUCUACGACUACUUCAACGCCACCUUCUGGCGCCGCGUGGCGCGCGCCGGCCGGGCCUGCGUGGAGCGCGAGGCGCGCGAGCUGCGUGAGGCCCGAGAGCGCCUGCUGCGGCGCUGCUUCGGCGACGAGCCUGUUCUACGGCCGGCCGCGCAGAUCCGCACCAAGCAGCUGCAGCCGUGGCAGCCCAGCCGCAAGGUGGACAUCAUGGGCUACGACCUGCCCAGCGGUGGCGCCGGCCCUGCCACUGAGGCCUGCCUCAAGCUGGCCAUGCCCGAGGUACAGUACUCCAACUACCUGCUGCGCAAGCAGAAGCGCCGGAUCGGUAUGCGGGCCCGGCCCGAACCGGUCCUGGACAAUCCCCCGCCGCCUCGGCCCAUCCGGGCACUGCCCCGCGGCCCCCCGGGCCACUGAACUCCGGGAGUCUGCCCUGGUAGUCAGACCUGGGGCUACCUCCAAGCCCUGCCUCAUCCAGGACCCUACUCCGGAGGGGCUUAAGCGCCUCGCAGUACUUGGGGGUGCAUCACCCUAUCUGAGCCAGCCUCCCUACGGUGGGCUGAACCCCGCCUUCUGGGAGGGUGCUGAUAGGCCCGAUCGAGCCCCGGGCCAUCCUCUCCUUCCUAAUUGGUUGGUGACUUUUACUGGAGGUUUGAGACCUGUCCAUAACUGUCCAUUCUGCCUUUUUCUGGGGUUUGAGCCCUCUUUUCCAGGCGGAUGAACCCAGGCCGCAGAGAGGGGCUCUGCCUGCCAGCCUCCCCGAGCUCUCGCUCUUCAAAAGUCCCCAAACCAUCUGUCUUCCAGGUUCCACCCUCACCACAGAUCUAAGCUGCUCCCAGACUCCCAGAACCACGAGUUCUUGGGUUGGGGUUUUUGUUUGUUUGGUUUUUCUUUUUUUUUUAAAUAAAAUAUCGUUAAAAUGUGCG